CUUCAAGCCCUUACUCCCACUUCCGGCCAUCUCAGGCCUUUUCCGCUGUUUCUCUGAAGGCUUUCUCCUUACUCUCCGGGUGGUUCUUUGACCGUGGCCCAGCCCCUUCGCGCCCCUCUUCCGAAUCCGGCGGCUUGCUGUCACCCCACACCUCCCUGAUACUCGAGACGGCUCUUGCGUGCGUCCUCUGAGGGCGCCUCGGACUGAGGCCUGCCGCGCGCGGUGAUUCCGCGCAGACCUGACCCCGCGUCUCAGCGCAGCUCCGUCGAGGCCGCCGCCGUCUCGGGAUGCCACGGCCGGGGUCUGCGCAAGGCUGGGCGGCUGCCGCCGGCCGUUGGGGCUGCUGGCUUCUCGCGCUGCUACUGCUGCUGGUUACGGGGCCCGGCGGCGCCUCCGAAAUUACCUUCGAGCUGCCGGACAACGCCAAGCAGUGCUUCUACGAGGACAUAGCACAGGGCACCAAGUGCACCCUCGAGUUCCAGGUGAUUACUGGCGGUCAUUAUGAUGUAGAUUGUCGAUUAGAAGAUCCUGAUGGUAAAGUGUUAUACAAAGAGAUGAAGAAACAGUAUGAUAGUUUCACCUUUACAGCUUCCAAAAAUGGAACAUAUAAGUUUUGCUUCAGCAAUGAAUUUUCUACUUUCACACAUAAAACCGUAUAUUUUGAUUUUCAAGUUGGAGAAGACCCACCUUUGUUUCCUAGUGAGAACCGAGUCAGUGCUCUUACCCAGAUGGAGUCUGCCUGUGUUUCCAUUCAUGAAGCUCUCAAGUCUGUCAUUGACUAUCAGACUCAUUUCCGAUUGAGAGAAGCUCAAGGCCGAAGUCGAGCAGAAGAUCUAAAUACAAGAGUGGCCUAUUGGUCAGUAGGAGAAGCCCUCAUUCUUCUGGUGGUUAGCAUAGGGCAGGUAUUUCUUCUGAAAAGCUUUUUCUCAGAUAAAAGAACCACCACAACUCGUGUUGGAUCAUAACUACUUUUUAAGAGUUGAUGCACCAUUGCCACUGUAAUAUUACUGUCCUCUAAUUUUAGGUACUGAAGAACUUAAUAUUGGCAACAUUUUAAAAUUUUACUCAUGCAAUUGUUGGGAGAGAUGUACAAUGCAUAUCCCCAAACUGUGGAAAGGACACCUUUUUUAAUUUGUAAAGAUGGAAAAACUUUGGAACUUACUUUGGGCUAUUCAUGUUAAAUACUCAACACCAAUGACCUACUUUUUUUUCUUGGUUGUUUGUAUCUACUCUUCACACACUAAACUUUGGUAUUUUGAUUCCUUUUAGCCAUUUAAAAGUACUUUUCUUAUAGGUAGUUGAUAUUUUAAAAACCUUAAAUUUAAUCUCUACAUGUGUUAUGGAGGGAGAAAACUGCCUUUAAAUUGUUUAUAGUGAAUAAAGUUGUUUUUAAGAAAACCAAAUGUGAUUAACUGUAGCCCAAGCCCUAUUCUGCACUGCUUAAUUUUAUGGGGGGAAAAAAUCUACCAUAGAAAUGUUAGUUAACAUUGAUACAAUUUUUAAUUGAUAUAUCAUAGUAUAAUUUAUUUCUCACUAGCUUGUAAAAAUAUCAGAUUUUUGUUUUGGGGUUUAUUCUGUGAUUUAUAACUAGCUCUAUAUAUGGUUUUCUUUUUUUAUAUAAAGGCAUUCUUACACUUCAAACAGUGGUUUCUGUAGCAAAAUAGAGUUUAUACAGACUUUAAAGAUGAGAAUGUUGUAAUGGUAGAAUAAUUUGAGACACUACAGUGGGGGCAAAUGAAACAGGAAAAUUUGUAGUGAGUUAUCUGCACUCAUUACAUUUCCAGUGCUUUUACUAAGAAAAAAGUUUAAUUGACUAGUACCUACCCUUUUGUGGCUUUAAUGUCUUCAAGUCAUUUCCAGCUUAAAUUGACAAUUGUAAUUUAGUAUCACAUAAGUGCCAUAUAUUUUAUCCUCAUAGGUGUGAUGCACUGAGAAGUUUGUUUGUUUUUUUUUUUUUUUUCCCUAUCUUUGCUUUCCUUUUUGUUUUACACAUUUUGUUUCUAUAAUCUCUGGUUAGCAACCCUAAAAUGAUUUAAAAUUGAGAAUGCUAUGUGUGUGUUCUAUUUAAUAAUUUUUAUUGAUCUUCAUUUAAUGAGAAAUAGCUCAUUCUUUACAAUAUAGGUUUUAGACUGUUUGUAUCUUAUAACAUGUAUGGAUUAAGCUAAUUGAAAUAAAGACUUUUUUCCAAAUAUUUCAGAAUAGAAUACAAGACAAUGCAAAAUUGUGUAGCUAUUUAAGGAUUUUCUGGUGUUUAAAAAACAAAAAUUGCAAUUGUUUUUCUUCUGUGCCUCCCUUCUUCACCCAAAGUGAUAACUACUAAACAAGACUGUCAUAUUGUAGACUUUGAUAUGUGAUACCAUAGAACAUUGAUUGAAUAACAGUUCUAGUCACUUAACCAUUACUGACUAGAUGCUGACUCUUAAUUCUAAGAUGACUUAAAAUGCAUAUAUAUAUACACACACAUAUAAAUACUUAUAUAUGUAUAUAAGUAUAUAUAUAAGUAUAUAUAUAUAUAUAUACACUUCUGCAUGUAAGAACAAAAUGAAUUCAAGUUAUCAUGCUUGCUAAUAUCAGAUGUCACAGUGUAGAAAGGGGUGAACAUGUUUUCAACCCUUUAAUAUUCUUAAAGACCAAGUAGCUAUUCCUUAAACAAAAUUUAUCAAUGGAUUAAGAAGAGAAGUUUUGCAGAUUUAUUUUUAUUCAGGUUCUUGUGUCAAAGUUGUCCUUCAGCUUUGUAAGCAUCCCUUCAUGUUUAGAUAUGGAAGUUUUGAGCACUAAUGUUAAUGUGAUUGAUAAGUAUGGAUAUAUAUAAAAUGACAUUUUCUGGUUGCCCAUGCACUCUAAUGGCUUUGAUACUUACACAAUAAUUAAACAGAGUCAGGUAUAGAUCUUGCCAAGUUUGGCAUAGAUAGUGCACUCAUUUAACCUGUGCCUCUCCAAACUUCAUGAUAUCAGACUAUUAUCACCAUUUUUGAUGGAACUAUUGAGAUAUAUUAAAGUUUUUGAAAUCGCCCCUGUUAUCUUGUUGAAAAUAGUUGAGUGUUAGUCUAAUCUCUCCAUAGCUGACUAAAUUUUGACAGCUAUCUAAUUAACUGGGUAUGUAAAUAUAAAUUUAAAAAUACAUAUCCAAGACAUAAAUGCUAAAUAACAUUUUAUUUUCUUCCUCCUACUACAUAGUCUGCAGCUCAUUUUUUUUUUUUUUAAUUCUUUCAUAAUUUGUUGCAGCAGUUUGAAUUUCCCAAGUAUUUAUGUUUGGGCAUAUGACUCAGAAUACAUAUUUGAAUAUGAUAGUUGUAUAUAUUUUUAAAGUAGAAUAAAUAAUGGGAAGCAACUUGAUACACAGGUUUAUACUAAAAUUUCAACUGAGUGAAGAUACAUUUUAAAAUGUUACUUUAUUCUGUACAUUCUUUUUCUAUUAAAGAAACAUGGUUUUUGGUUUACAGCUUUCAUCUGGGCUUGAUGAUAAUCAGCUUCGAAAAUACAGUGGAUUGAAAAGCAGUUUUAUUCUUUGAAAGAUUUCAUUGAAAUGUCUGUACUAUCUGUUUCCUUUUGGUUUGUAAACGUAUAUAGCAUUUAUAGUUGAAUAGGACAAAGCGGACCCUAUGAAUUUUGUUUUCAAAAAUUAAAUUAAUAUAUAAAUAAUUCAAAGGGGUUUUUCAUUUACUUUUAAAAAGAAAAAAAAAUAAUUUCUCUAAGUUAACAGAUGUUGGUUCCACGGAAUUGCACCCAUCAUUUUCUCAUAGAAUAAAAGAAUCUUUCAGCAAA